AUGGGAGUGCACUCUGCAAGCAGCGAGGUCGCAUUAAGUCUUCCUACUCCUCCUGCCCCUGCUCUUCCAACUCCCCGGUUUCUGCAGCUGCUAUCCUCGGCAGGUCUAGAAGAGCCUUUAGCCCAAGGGGAUAUCGAGCCGGACAAUCAUCGUCUAGAGCCGACUGUUCCUCGUGCCUUGAAUAAUGUAAUGGUCAAGGCAGAGGAGAUCGAUGAUCUGUACCAAGUGUUCUUCCGUGAAUAUUCGCAGUUCCUUCCCAUCCUCGACGUCGGGCUGACACCCAAUGCAUAUUACACACAAUCUCCUUUUUUGUUCUGGGCUGUUAUUGGGGUUGCGUGCAGCCCUCUCGCGGGCAUUGUUGAGAUGGCUUUACUCUCAGCCUUGUCAACCACACCAUGGCACACAGUUCAGGGACUGCUGCUGCUUCUCACUUGGCCCUUUGCAAAGGACAAAACUCGUUCGGACGUGACGUUCACCUUGAGCGGCAUGAUGCUCCAUAUUGCCAUGCAGAACGGCACGCACAUACCCAUGUCCAGCCAUGAGUUUUCCAGGUUUAAAACUCCCGCACCGACCGAAGCUGAUAUGGUUCGGCGAUCGGAACUGUGGGCACAUUGCGUGAUUGCAUAUCAGAAUUCCUGCAUUGUCAAAGGGCAAUUGGGUCGCACUCUCAACGAUAUGCACCAGGAACUCGGGCAGAGCCAUCGCUUGUUCCAGAGAAUUGCUCCAGGAUUGGUGCUGAAGCUCAAAUGCUUGGAUCUGGUAACCAGAUGCAGCGCGGCAGUAGUCGAAAACGGGGUGCGAAACUUAUCUUUGGAACAGGAGCGCUCGUUGGAUAUCAUUCUCCGCACAUAUGAGAGCCAAAUCACAGACUUGGAAACCCAGUUCACUUCCGCAGUCGACAGGUUCCAUGUAGCUCUGUGCCGCUUGAGUAUUCAAGUCUUUCAUUUCUACAAGACCGGAACCCUACCUUCAACCGGCGCCUUGCCUCGUCUUUUGGCCGCAGCUUGCCGAGUCAUUGACUUCGUCCAGUCUUUAGGUCAAACACCCGGCCGCCUGGUGACUACCCCCGUCCAGAUAAACUUCGGGCUCCUCCUCGCUUCAGUGUCCCUGCUCCGCAUACUCAAGCUAUACACAUCGUGCGAUCUGGAACUCGAGCGAGCCAGGGCCUCGUUCUUCGCCGGAAUCAAUCUCGCCAAGGAGAUGUCAGUCCAGCAGAACGAUAGUGCCGCCAAGGCCGUCUUCAUCCUGAACCAGCUCUGGAACAGCACCAAGGCCUACCGCAAGCCCGAUGGCAGCGCGUACACAUCCCUCCGAGUGCGGGGCCGUCUUGUUCUCAGUCCCGUCCUCGACGCAGUCUGGUGGUGGCGAGACGAGAAUGAGCCACAAUAUCGUACUAUGUAUCUUCCGCAGGGGGAGGCUGCGGAUGGUAUUAUACCUCCCAUGCCUGAAACUCAUCCCGCAAAGGCUGAUGACCCCAUGAUCUCAGGAGCUGAGAGCACCCGCAACCCCUCCAGUUCGGCCGCCAGCACGAUGGUCAACUCCGCGGAGAGACAGGACUCAGCUUGUGCCGACGACCACUUCCUUGCUGAUUUCGAAUGGGCCUUGUGCGAAGAUGAAUUCUUCCUGUCCACCGGCCCGUAUACCUAAGAUUAUCAACAGGGGCCCGAGACGUAAGGUGAACAUUUGCGGAAGGAUAGUGAACAAAAUCCCCUUGGCAUUGGUCUUCAGGAUUUACAAGUUCGCAGCAUUGCCCUGAGGGAGCAUCUUUUUGCAAUCGGCGGAGCCUUUUUCUACCCAGG